AAUGAUGUGAGAGGUUCCCCUAGCGGCCAUGUGCGACCACACUGUCCGUCAAUCUACCCAAAACCUCCUACUGCCAAUCUCCAAAAGAGAUUUUCCACUCACGACUUGUGACGACAAUAUUCAAUUGUACUAUAGUAACGACUUCCAGGCGCCAGACCCACCCCGACACACCGCACAACACGACGACCUUAAGGCCCCAGACCCACCCCAACACAGCGCACAACACGACGACCUCAAGGCACCAGACCCACCCCGACACAGCGCACAACACGACGACCUAAAGGCCCCAGACCCACCCCGACACAGCGCACAACACGACGACCUCAAGGCGCCAGACCCACCCCGACACAGCGCACAACACGACGACCUUAAGGCGCCAGAUCCACCCCAACACAGCGCACAACACGACGACCUCAAGGCUCCAGACCCACCCCAACACAGCGCACAACACGACGACCUCAAGGCGCCAGACCCACCCCGACACAGCGCACAACACUACGACCUCCAGCAUCCACGCAGCAAAGACACGCCACUAGUAUCCUUCGACGACCUUCCAGCUACGUGUGUAUUCAGCGACUCGCUAAUCUGCCUGACAGAGCUGCCACAUUUGGACCAACUGGUGGCUCUCCAGCCUCUGCAGUGCUUCCUGGCUACUGCAGCUCAAGUAGAGACUUCACCUCAGACUCAAUCGUCGUCACCAGCUCCUCCAAAAAGUCAACCCGACGCCACGGUGCCAGCAAUUAACAUGACCUAUGGUACUCAACGCCACCAAAUGGCGCUCGUCACCCCGACCACUGCAUCUCACCUCACACACAUCAGAGAAAGAAAGAAAAAAUGUAGGAGCGUGUACAAGCACGUCCCUCACAGGGAGAAGCCGCCGCACCUGGUGGCUAGACGCAACGCCCGGGAACGCCGGAGGGUUCAGUCGGUGAAUGUAGCCUUUGCCAGGCUCCGGCGGGUCGUUCCCUGCACCAGCAGCCGGACCAAGCGUGUAAGCAAGGCGAAGACGCUGCAGGGGGCAAUAGACUAUAUCUACCACCUGCAGGACCUCCUUCACCACAACAACAACCCCAUAACCACCACCAACACCUGCUUUCCCCUCCACUCCUCGGGGCUUACUAACACCUGCAACAUGCUGGUGUGUAACACCGAGAACUCGUCCAACACCUGCAGCGAGGGAGAUCAGGGGCCUGCAGGACGGUGUGUUGGUGUGGUGGGGUGUGAGGGCCGCCCCAGCCCCGUCUCCAACACCACCUGGUGUAAGCGAGCAUCAGUACCUGACCGACUGUGUCUUGAUGGCCGGUUACUGAGUGAAGGCUAA